AUGUCAACAAACUUACCAUUACCUACUAGCGUUCCACCCGCCGACCCAGCAACCUCGACCAUACCGACCUUCAAAUUCCCCCGUGACUACCACUUCCCACCCUUCUUCACGCGCCAACCAACCCUCCAAACGCACCACGCGCAACUCCAAAAAUGGUCGUCCCUAAUCCUCUCUUACUGCCGCUCACACCGCAUCUUCAAGCUCUCCCUCAUUGACGCCCUGGAUACCGAUUUAUUCUGGAAUAAACGUAUUGGGAAACGUAUGAGUCUUGCGGACGUGAAGGAGGUUGUGGAGUAUAUGCGGAAGGAGGACAGGGCGGAGUGGGUUGGGGGGAAGGGAGCUGGCGGAGAGGGAGGGAAUGAGGUCUGGGUUUGGUGGAGGACGCCUGAGGAGUGGGCUACUGCUGUUUAUGAAUGGGUUGAUGAGACGGCGCAGAAGAAUACGGUUUUGACGCUGUACGAGUUGACUCAGAGUGAGGCUACCUUAUCGAAAGAGUUCCACGGUAUGGAUUCGGAUCUCCUGCAGAAGGCACUGAAUAUUCUUGUGAAGAGAGGAAAGGCGCAAGUUUUCGGGCAGGAAGAUCAACAAGGUGUCAAGUUCUUCUAG